AUGACUGAUACAGAUGAAUCCCAGGCUUCUGGCUCUGAUUACCCUGAUGCCCAAGAGCUAAUAUGCAGUCAGCAGAAAGAACCAUAUAAGGUACAUGCAUGUGAAACAAAUACACAAAUGGAGCGUUCAUGUUCAAGGCAGAAGAAUGCUGCUCCUGAGGAGUCUUCAGAUCAGCUUAACGGUAUAUGUAAAUCAUCAGCUGCUUCAGCUGGAGUUAUCCUGGACAGCAGUGAUUCGGAAAUCAGCCUCUCUGCUGCUAGUGGCAGCGAAUACCAUCCUCAGCGCUCCAUUGCAACUUCAAACCAAGAGAGAGCUCAACCUUCAAGGCAACAAGCAGAAUCUACUGUGGGAGUGCCUGACAGUGAAAGUUCAGAUUCUUCUCUGUCUCCUCAAAGUCCAGUGAAAUCAUCAGAAACUUCCAAAAAGCAGAAGUCAAAACUCAAUUUGAAAGCCAUUUUUGCCUAUCACUUCAGGGGAAAGAAGUUUAAGGCUGCUGCACACCGAAGAUACAAGGGUGGCUCAGGGAAGAAGAAGAAAAAGUAUGAGAGCACACAGAUGCCUACGGGGAGGCCGCCACUGACAGCAUCACCACAAGAACAAAAGAGAAGGCUCCUAGAUAGAGGUUUUCAAUUCCCUUUUGUUGAAAAACACUAUGGGAAGAAACACAUUCCUUUAAAGAUGGUUCUUGGCUAUGAGCAAGCAGCUGCAAAGGGAUAUUUCCAGUACGUUGAAGUACUUAAAUAUGAAGAACAUCUCAAAAAGGCUUUAAAAGCCCUUCAGGCUAGUGAAGACUUAGAAAGAGAAUGUCUGGCAGUACGGAAACACAAAUAUUUAGAUGAUGAAGGCCCCAUUUCCCCUAUCCAGGAGACGAAUGAUGAUAACUGCUUGAAUUCUGAUAAUCAUGAGGACCUUGAUGCCAGAGUAGUGGAGAAUAGCUCUUUCAUUAUAAGCAGCAAAAUUCCCAGUAAGAAAAAAUCAAAGCCAGAAACGAAAUGUGCAAAAUCAACUGUAAAGUGA